AGUCGUGCUGGACAUCGGACGUCGAGCACAACGCCGAGUCGUUCCACUUGUUCGCGGGCUCUGACGUUCCGAAAAACAAACGAAAGGGAACGAAUCUUGCAAAAUUUUUCAUUUUCGGGCGUCGCGCGCUGCACGAGUCCCGAAGGAUCACUCGAGUCUUUUUUCAAUUCACUGAAUACCUACGAAGUUUCAAACAGAACGGAGAGAAACAAUCGGGAAAACAAGAAGAACCAGAACUGCGGAGGUUGCAAGUCGAAGAGUCGCGUACGCGGAAGUUUCGUUAAGUAAGGAAAGGGUUGGAAAGUUGCGAGACUUUAGAACAAAGUGGCAUGAGGAAUCGAGGAUCGGUGUAACAAAAGUUGAGGAUAUUCGAUAGAUGGUUUGUUUACAGUGUAGAGUCAGUGAUCUGGCGACCCGUGGCACGGUGAAAACAGUGCUCAUUACCUUCGAUUCAAUCGGCUAAUUCAAACAAUCGAUUCAUCUAUCGCCUGUGGCACGCUAGUGUCUCGUUUAUCCUCGGACCUUGACAACCUCGGAAGACAAUUUGACGGGUCAGAAUGAGACAAAUCACGUGGAAAUCGGUGAACGUGGAAAACCGAGUGUUCGACUGAGGAAUCUUCUCGCGUGUUGAGUGAAAAAAAAAAACAAUUCGUAAGUCUUGUGCGUGGUCUUCUACUGUUUGCUGGGCCUCUGUGGCCGAAAAGGGAACAGAAACAUGACCGAGAACGAGAGACACGUGGAGCCGGAAAUCACCGAUUUGUCGUCAGAUUCUGCGGAACACCGGGUCUCUCUUUACCCUGUUACGAUGGAGAACAAGAGGCACGUCGAGGAGAUUACAGAGUCUGUAGUGCACGAUCCGACCAAGAAAGAGACGCACACGCCGGAGAAUCGAGCUCAGAGAUUACAGCAGACCCAAUCGUUGCCACAGCUGCUACAAUCUACCGACACGCAAGACAGAAAACUGGAGAACCCGAGUGACAACGUUUCGGAGGCAAUUAGUAGUCAAAGGGUGUACAAGAAAUCAUCGCCGAACAAUAAGCUCACUCUUUAUUUGGCGAGCAGAGAUCUGACCGUGAGCGAGGCGAAAAUCGAUAGACUUCAAGGCGUGCUGCUGGUCGAUCCUGACUUUUUGCAGGACAAAAGGGUGUACGGGCAAAUCACGUUGACGUUCCGCUACGGAAGGGAAGACGAGGAAGUAAUGGGACUGAAAUUCUGUAACGAGGCAGUUAUGUGCCUCGCGCAAUUGUACCCGCCAUAUUCCGGCGCUGAUCAACAAGAAACAACCCCGUUGCAGGUUUGUGCGCAAUGA